UGUUCACUUGUUCGUACUUGUUAUCUCUAUCGAGUAACACGUGUUUUAUUGUGACGUGCCGUACAGUGUAUUUCGAUUCCAUUAAUUAAAAAGUUAUUUUCGUACAAAAUGAAGUAUGCAUUGGUAAAAUUACCCCACCACAAUAAUGAAAAAAUGAUUGUGGAAACCCGUAACAUUCGUGAUUUUAGUAAUUACAGUGCAUAAACUAAAAAUAAGGUUUAUCAUUACAAUGACGGCGAGACGCAAUUUAAAUGCGUCAUUUUAGGUUUAUCAGAUUCAGAAGAUGCUUUGUCUGACGAUAAUUUUCGCGUUCGAGACCCGGUGAUAACGAAUCCUUCAUCUUUAGAAUCAUCUACAAGUACUGAUAUGGAAGAGGAAUCAGUGGUCGCUACAGCAAAAUUAUCUAGAAAGAACAAAAAACAAAGUGAAUUGAAGAGUAAAAAACAAAAAAUAGAUGAAAUCAUUAAAGUUCAUAAAGAAAAAAGUAACAGUAAUAAUCACAAAGAAAGGAUCUCCAAUGAGCAGAAAGUAGAUAGUGACGUAAAGGAAAAGCAAUUAGAAUUAAAUUUAUCAAAUGAUUAUGAUAACAUUCAAGUUCUGUCUGAUUCCUCUACCGAUAAAGGAGAAUUUAGCGAUGGAUGUGAUUCACCAAUUAAUACGCGACCGAUGAAAACUAGACUAAAUUAUAGAAGAAACUGACACGGAAGACGAUAUGUUUGAUGACACAGAGCAUCAAUAUAUCGAACCAAUUGUCAUUAUAGAAAAUGGGCACAGUGAAGCAGAAGGGACUGGGUUUAACAAUAAUGAAAAAAAGGUAUAGCCAAGCAUUUCUAAUAACUAAAUUAGAAGCAAUUAAGAAAUUAGCAAUAUGUUAAAUAAUAAUCUUAAAUAUUCCUCAUGACCGACUUCUUCUUGUCACUGAGAGAACUAUCAUACAAUGGUUUUAAAUUGAA